AGAAAGGUUGAAGUGCAGGAGCUGUUGUGUGUAUGAACACAGUGCUUCUCUCGCUCUACAGCAGGAAGGAUGCGGCUUUGUCGGUGUGUGUGGACUUUAUUUUUUUUAGGUCGACGAAAUUAAGCGGGAUAUAUUUUACAAGUGUUAUUAAAUUAAACAGAGAGAGGAGUAAUGAGGGUGUGAGGAGGAUAUUGAACGGAGAAGCUGGUUACCGUCAGUGGGAUGCACGCGCACACCGGUGGCUGCUCGCGACACUCUUGUAAACGGUUGAACAGAGCUCGUCUAAAGACUGAGGGUCCCAGCCAGCACUAAGACAGGCUGACGGCGUGUUUCACAGAAAACUGUAUGUUUCUGCACCUUUGAUCUGAUUACACAAGAAAGAUAAACUAAAGGACACAGACUGGAAAUAUGCCCAUCUUAAAGCAGCUCGUUUCAAGCUCAUCUCAGACUAAAAGACGUUCCCGCAUGGACCUCACCACGGAGAUGAUCAGCGCUCCCCUGGGUGACUUUCGUCACACCAUGCAUGUGGGCAGGAGUGGUGAUGCUUUUGGGGACACCUCCUUUCUUAGCACUCGCUCUGGAGAGCCCCCACAGGAUGCUACUUCCAAUCCUCGCUCUCCUAAGCUUGGCCUUCUAUCCAGAACCUUCAGGAGCAGCAAGCGUUCUCAGUCUGUUACUCGUGUGGACCACAGGGAGAGCACACUGCUACCCCCGAAUGGAUCACCCACAUUUGUAAAGAAUGCUUUGUCUCUGCCUUUCCUGAAUGAUAACGGCAGAGAAACCGGAGGUGACAGGCUCUUCAAAAGUGUAGCCUCCAGUCCCUUAAAGCAACAGUCCUCGAAUGGGGCAGCUGCCCACAGUCUUGAACAGGAGCUUCAUGAGAAGUCUUUUGGAGAGCUGACCGAUUUGCGGCCCUCUCCGAUGUAUAAUGGAGGAAGGUUGAAGCAUGCUGAAUCGGUGAUGUCUUUCCAUGUAGACCUGGGGCCCUCCAUGCUCGGAGAUAUCCUGGGGGUCAUGGAGAAGGAAGAUGAUGACCUUGGCUUUGAGGAGGGCAAAAACAGUGAAGGACGGGCUUCUCCACUUCUUAUCAACCAAGCAGUGGAAGUGGAGAUGGGAAUAAGGCCAGAGCUGGGGAAUGUGGAGGAAGAUGAGCAGGACAGCAAUCUGGACGUGGAACAUGCAGCUCCUGUUCGUGCCCCCAGUUCUGUAGACCUGGAAAUGCAGAGUGAGGUCAUGAGCACUCCUAAAACUCAUCCCAAACAUCUGCAGGACACGGACAGCUGCUCUAUGUCCAGCUCUGGAUCCCAGGCCCUGGAGGACAAAACAUUCUCCCAGCCUUAUCAGGGAGACACGGACAGUAACAACUACAGCUACAACCCAGGGGAGGAAGGAGCCUUCUCGUCCUUCUUGGAGGAUGAAGAUGAUGAGAUCCGUGUGUGAGACUCAAAAGUCUUUUGAAAGCUGUAAGGGAACUGAAGACAUCCAAGCAAUCGGAUCUCUAGAGAUUGCAUUAUUAAAGUUGAAAGUUUAUAACUACUUCUGAAUCUUUUAAGUCUAAAGAGCAAAACUAGAUUUCAAUAACUGGCUGCAUUGUCCCUACAGAUUGGAUUUAAAUGACACAAUGGCUCUGAUUCUUCUGUCCUAGCGGAGGGGACUCGUACCACUUUGAAAGCAGUGGGGCAUCAAAUCCUAACAAUGUCUGCCACACGGUACACCGAGUGCCUAGGUACUGCAGCUGUCUUUGUUUGGAUACAUAGGGUACAUAGAUGGACUUGGAUGAUCAUAAGGAGAAUUGUGAAGAUGAAAAUAACAUCUAAUGGCUUUCUCAAACCACCUGCCUUCCUUUAUUCUGUCUCUUGACGGUCCUAAUUGAAUGUAGGUGUGUAGGCUUGUGGGUACUGACUAAUGUUCAUUUUCACUACACUGUAAGCACUCUUCCUUAGCUUAAAGUCUAAAAGCAUACUGCUUAUGCUGGAAAUUCCAACAGGACCUGCAACGUCUCUGUUUAAACUUUGGCCUCUUCAGAGAUUAGGACAGGACUCACAGUAUUUACAGCAAGUAGCUCAUGUCUUGUUAAACACAAGCAGAUUGGAAAUCUUCCUGUUAUAAUGAUUUAAAAAAAAAAAAACAGAAACCAGAAUGUGUGCGGUGACAGGCAAAGUAGGGAAAACAGAACAUAAAACAGCCUUGUUGGUAUUUCUGUGCUACUUAUGUCGACAGCUGCAAAGCUUCAGAUUGGAGCUUUUCUGUUUAAAAAAAGAAUUUUGCAUACUGUUUGCCUGUGUGCUGCUUUCAUCUAACCACUUCCUUCCUUACCCAUCUGAUGAUAACUGUUUAGCUGUGCAACUUGCUAGUUUAAGCAGUGCAGUAAUACUGAUAGAUCUCAAUCAUGUUGAUCAUGAAACUGGUCCCUGAACCACGUGUGUGGUUUUGUCUUUGUACCUAGCAUUAUUGCUAAAAAAAGGUUUUUGUUUUUGUAUAUCAGGCAGGACUUCUGUGUAGGCUUUACUUCACUUGGGUGACGGACACCAUUAAGCAACAUGUACACUAACGUCUACUUAGAUUUUUCAAUUGGUCACAAAAAUUAUGUACUACACUGGUGAGUACCCGAGCCCUUCUUUGCUACACAAUGUCUGAUAAUAUACUUUUAGGCUGCUAAGUUGUGCAAAAUUCUUAUGGAGGAUUUGUUUAGUCACAGGAUUUUUAUUAACUGUAAACGGAAAAGAUAAAAGUGCCAAAUGUAAAUGACUCAGUUUGAAUAUUAUGUAAUAGGGGAUUUUACCAGUGCUCUGCCUGAAGUGACCUAUUUAAAUUACAGGCUUAAACCUAAUACUUAAUCAACUAAAAUGCUUAGCUUCACUGUAUUAUCUUAAACCACAAAAGAAUUGAAAACACAGAAGUUCCACAAUGUUUGCAUAACCAUCUGUGAAGCUGUAAAAGUGUAAGGUCAGAGAUUGGUUAGAAUCUGAUUCCCUAUAUAAAUAACACUGUUUAUUAUACUAGUGUUUCUUACUUUUGUACAGCUUGUGUCUUGAUUAGGCGGCCUUGUUUUGAAAAAGCAACAUAACAGCUCUAUUUUUCAAUAAAAGGAAGUUUUCAACAA